ACACAUGAAAAGUUUAGUUCUUGUGGCUUUCAGUAUCUGCCCAACCCUGAACCCCGCACUUUUCCUCGCAUGAAAGAAGAGGAAGACGGCAGACACUGUUGAUGAACUCUGCAAUUUAUUUGAAUCUGAUAACCAUUAUUCAGUGCCUUAAAACUAGUGGUGGUAUGUAGCCUAAAAGGGUUACUGCCGAUUUUUUGAUUCACAAUUUAACAUACUGAGAUAUGCAGAGGUUGCAUUCGAGCAACAGUCCCCAGACGCCGUACAGAAACUCGGAUUUCGAUUUUGAAGAUGUGUUUGGCGGCCCGCCGCGUUGGGUUCUGGUUCAGGAGAUUCGGCAUGGUGAAGGGGCUGAGUCUCAUGCUCCCAGAAGAAAUGACGAACCGGGCAAUCCAUGGUCGGGUCUAAGCGAGAAGCCUGUGUUUGGUGACGAAGGGUUGAAUCGGAGGCGAUUUCUGAGUCCGGCCAAGCCUCUGCCGCCAAAGGCUGAGCCUUUCCAGAACUCACUUCCUGCUCAAUUCAGCCUUCCUGCCAAAUUGGAUGAUGGAAUAGUGCACCCGACGUUUGGGUCUGCUACUGGCAGUACAUACAGAAAAAAGGAUGGUGAGUCAAAAGGUUCAAGCUCCUUUUUGUUUUCUCCCCUGUCUAGAUCUAGAUCUAGAUCCUCAACCCAAGAAGAAGAGAGCCAGUUGAGAAAUGGUAUUCAAUCAUCUAAACGCCUCAGUGCCUUAUCUCGGGGACUAUCUCUUGGCAGAGAGGAGUGGCCGGACUUGAUCAAGCGUGAUGAAACAGAAACAAGGAGCAAUUCAAUGAAGGGUUUGAAUGACUCAGAAGUUUUGAAUAACACCAGUUGUUUUCACCUCUCAAUACACAAAUGGGCAAGCAAGGGAAUCCCACUAGGCGUGCCUCUUCGAGGAGGCAAUGGUUCGAGAUUAAAAGAAAAGGAUAAACUUGAUAAACUUGAGAGAUGUUCAAGCCAUAAAGCAUGGGAAAGUAUGGCAAAGGGCUUACCUACAGCAGCAUCACCUGAUACUGCAUUUGCCUCAGAUGAUAGAAUAUCAGCAACUGCAGAGCCUUCAAGGAUGGACCCUGAUAAUACAGGCACUGCUGAUGGAGAACUGUGCCAGACCAACAAGGAAGCGAAAGUUUCCACACCUGAAUCAGAGGCCUUGAGCCACCUAGGUGGUACUGUGGAGAAUGUUAAUGCUGAUAUUGCCUUUUGCAACACAGGUGAAGAAAUGGCUUCUUGUUCCCUUCCUGAGAAUACUGUUGACAAAACUGAAAGGGCUGGAAAAAAUGAAAGUGCAAAUAGCGUCAAAAAAUCAUCUGUGAUUCUUGAUGCUGUCGAAAACAUAAAGAAAGAAGAAGGGAGAAGAAAUUGUUUCAACAUUGCAGAUGUGGGUAAAACAAGCAUGCAAGGCUCUCCUAGGAAUUCAGGGAAUUUUGGGAAAAGCAAGGUUAAGGGAAAACUUAAAGAAUUCGUUAAAAUGUUUAACCAGGAUACUUUGUUGAAGCCUAGAAUCAAUACACUCUAAGAGUCAGAGCUGUAGAUGGAAGGAAAAAGAAACUGUCAAAGCUGAGAAUAAAGUGAGUAUUAGCAUGAGUGAAACAGAUGAGAAAGUGCAGAUGCACAACAUGAAAAAGGAAAAAUCCUUGCCUGAUAUUUCUGUUAUGGUACUCAACUUACACUUUCAGUUUGUUUUCCUUCAGCAAGGUGGAUUAUUAUCUUGAAAAAACAGCAAAACAAGAUUCUACAAGAAAUGAUCAGAAGGAUUGCUCAGCAACAAAGUCUGAUAAAAGAUAUAAUCAAAGAAGAGACAGAAGUACAGCAAAGCAACAUAGAUCAUGAAGGAAUGCAGGUCAUUGACUCCAAAAUAAGGCAAUGGUGGAAUGGAAAACUAGGAAACAUACGUUCAUUGUUGUCAACUUUACAAUAUGUUCUUUGGACUGAUAGUGGGUGGAAGCCUAUGCCUCUUAUGGAUAUAAUUGAAGAAAAUGCUGUGAAAAGAUCAUACCAAAAGGCUCUACUCUGUCUACAUCCAGAUAAACUACAGCAGAAGGGUGCCAACUUGCAACAAAACUACAUUGCAGCAAAAGUUUUUGAUAUAUUGCAGGAUGCAUGGACUCAUUUUAACUCACGUAGUUCAGGGUGAUAAGUGAAUGCCCUACAGCAACAAUUCACCCACCAAAAUACGAAAGGAGGCAAAUCAGGUGCUGCUUAUCUCGACAAUGCACCGAGAAGAUUUAUAUUGUUUUUCUAGCAUUAUUUUGAUUCUCUAUGUGAGCUGGAGAAGAGUAAAAAGAACAGAGAGUGGACGUGGGAGAGACAGAGGGAGAGAGUUUUUAUUUAACUUCCAGAUUCUGGGGUUAAUCUCUCUCCGUCUCUUCUCUUCUUCCCG